UUCAAGUGAAGAAGAAGCCUGAUCCUAGACCUAAAGUUGGUUUUUCAAGGUUCUCUGUUUCAACUUUUUCUAGUGUGACAAAAUCUCUCUCAACUAAACAUCAAGAUGUGAUUCAGAAGUAUGGGUUUGGAUCUUUGCUUAUGUUUGAUGAGUGUUCUGUUCCUAGAAAUUUUGUUCAUUGGGUUGCUCGUCUUGUCAAUUUCAACUCUGGAGAUAUAGUUGUUAAUGGCAAAGUGAUAUCUCUUACCAAGGAGGCUGUUCAUUUAGUUCUUGAUCUUCCUUUUGGUGGUGAGCCUUUUCCUACUGAUUAUGCCUCUGGCAAAGCAUGUUUACUGUCAAGGUUUGGGAAGGACAGCGUACCACCUAUUAGCUACUUCUCUGAGGCCCUUAUUUCUAAGAAAGAAUUGUCAGAUGAUAAUAUGUUUGUUUGUUUCAUUGUUGUUGCAUUGAGUACCUUUCUUUGCCCCAAUUCUUCUGUUGUUCCAAGUCAAAGGUUCUUUGGCAUUUUUGAAGACCUUGAAAAGAUUCGAUCUUAUGAUUGGUGUGGUUUUAUAUUGUCAUGGUUGGUUGAGUACAUCAAGUUAUUCAAUCAGUUGAAGGGUUGCAAAUCUACUCACCAAGCCACUCUUGGUGGUUGUCUAUAUUUCCUUGUUGUAAGUUUUCUUUCUUUUUUUCUUUUUUCUGUUUUUUUUAUUUCUAAUGAAACUUUUCAUUUGUAUUUAAAUAUUUUCUCCUUAUUUAUGUUCUAUAUCUUGAUCAUGUUGAUUUUGGUUCCAAUCAAGUUCCUUCUACUAUUCCUCGAAUUUUAGUUUGGAAGAAAGACAUGAUUACUCGUUAUGCAAGUCUUGAUUUGAAAGAAGAAGGUUGCUAUGGUUAUCAUCCUAUUAUGGAUUAUUCAAGGACUUGCUAUGCUAAGGAUAUGAGAUUACUUCCUCAGAUUUGUGACCAGCAUAUUGAUCCUGAAUUUGUUAGUCAGCUUGAUCGUUAUGCUCGUUGUAAACUUCCUGCUGAAUUGAAGGAUGGUAUUUGCAACCUAAUUGAGAAGCAUUGUUUGAACUGUGGUGUUUCUGUUAAUUUUGAUGUGAAUUCAAUGAAUGCUUUAUCUGAUGUUAUGAGAUUGACCUUUAUCAAGCUCUGGAAGCAUGUGUAUUCUGUUACCAAGAUGUCUCAGCAUUUAGUUUUGGAGGUUAUUAAACUUUUGUCUGAGGGUAUUGAAAAGGAUGAAAAUUUUGGUUAUGAUGAUGGAGGUCUUCAAUCAUCUCCUGUAAUUCCUGAAGCUGAUCCUACGCCUUCUGGUCGUCAUGAUAAAGCUAAGUUUGAUCUGGAUAUUCAAGAAGUUCAUCCUUCAUAGUUCAAACUUCAUCGAUCUGCCACUCAUGAUGAAGGUCUUCAAUCAUCUCCUGUUAUUCCUAAAGUUGGUCAUAUGCCUUCUGUUCGUCAUGGUAAAGCUAAGUUUGAUACGGAUAUUGAAGAAGUUCAUCCUUCACAGUUCAAACUUCAUCAAUCUACCACUGAUGUUUCUCCAUAUAAUUGUGCUAAAGUUAUUGAUGAUCUUGGUGGCACUAAUUCAAAAGUUCUAUCAAAUUCUAAGAAUCCUCUUGUCGACGUAUCUAAUUUGAAAUCUGUGAAGAAAAGCUCUUUGAAGAAAUUAGUGUCUAUUGGACAUGAUAGUUCUCCAGUUACUGAAGUUGUUGAUCUUGAGAACAAAUAUGUUCCUGAAUCUAUCUCUCCAGCUUCUGUUCCUGGAUUUUCAAGAUAUUUUCCUCGGAAGAGUGGAAGUUUGUUGAAGAAAGCUGGCUUGGCAUUUUCUAGUGCUGCUUUGGUAAUGCAGACUUUAGAUUUUACUCAGAUAUCUCCUUCUCCUCAUGAGGUUGUUCGUAGUUCAAGUGUUCGUCGUUCUGGUGGUAAUGUUCGUUCUUCAUCAAGAUCUAGAGAGCAGUUGUCUCCUGAUGUUAAGGUUGUUGGUUCCAAAAAUUUUGUUCAAAAUGUUGGUGAAAUGACCAAGAAGUCCAAUGCUCUAUACAAUAGUAAAUUGGAUUUGCAUGGUUCUAGCAGGAGUUCUCCUGUUGUUCAGCCUCCCGUCCCGUCUGAUGGUACUUUGCCUAGUUAUGCUCGGUUAAGUCAUUCUUAUGUGCCCAAGUCUCAAGAUUUAUCUUUAGGUGGAAAGGUUCCUUUGCAUGGUCCCAGGCGUUUUGUUAACCCUGGUCCUUUGUUCCGUGGUGAUUAUGAAACUGAUAAGUGCAAGUUCUACAAAGUUAAUAAAUCUGAAGUUGAUAACUACAAGAUUCUCUGUGUGUUGGCUUCUUCAGAGUUUCAUAAUGAAGAUGCGGUUUCUUUGUCUGGUGUUCGUUGCACCUUCUGGUCCCUUGGAGAGUCAUUAAAGCCUGGUGGAUUUGUGAAUACCUUUGUUGUUUCAUGCUUCUGUUAUAGCUUGUUCUCAAAACCUAAUGGUCAUCCAUAUUUCUCUAAAAGGCACUACUUUUUCUCCAAUAUUGGUGAUAAUCUAUUACUUGAUUUUGAUCAAGCUGACCAGGAUCUAUUGAUGAGAUCGUUUCGGAGGUCUGCUAAGGCUAGGCCUUUGCCUCAGUCUAAUAUGUUGUUUUUUCCUAUAUUGCACCAGAAGCAUUGGUUUGUCUUUGUAGUUGAUAUCAAGGAUCGCCACUUUGUUUUUCUUGAUUCAUACUAUGAUCGGAAUUCCUAGUAUCAUCAAGACAUUGAGCACAGGCUUAUAAACUCUUUUCCGUAUCAUUGGGACAAAUUUGUCCAAGUUGACAUGGAUUUUAACUUUUUGGUAUUGAGUAUCCUAAAGUUCCUGAGCAACCUCUAGAUAAUACGUCUGAUUCUGGCAUAUAUGCUAUGAUGUUUCUUGAGUAUUGGAAUUCUCCUAGGGUCCUUUUAUGCAACAUGUUCAGUCAUCAAGAUAUUCCAUCAAUCAGAGUUAAGAUUGCAAAUGAGCUUUUUUCAUCACAAGAACACCGGCAUGAAGUAUCGUGUUUAUGACUACAAACUUGAUAUGUACAAUGUCUUCACUAUGUUGUUCUUCAUCAUUUGUGGAAUCAUCUUGUUCUUCAAGAGCUUCUUCAUCCAUCCUGUUGAAUUCUUCAUCAAGGCGUUUCAUCUGAUUGCGUUAUUAUCAUUUUUAUUCCUUCUUGCUCCAUCUGUCAAUGAAAUACUUUUCAGGUAUCUCAUCUAUCUCUUCUUCUACUAUAACUUUUAGUAUGUGACAACAUAAAAUUGCAUCCUUGCAGAAUUUUGCACAGAUGCAACUAAAUUCCUCCUUUCCUUUGUUAAGAUCUGUUAGGACUAUAUAUUUCCUAUUUGUUUGUAGCUGAUGCACUCUGUUCGACUUGUGCCAUACCUCAAAGCAUUUUCCAUCUUCUAUCUCUUUGUAUUUUAGUCUUUCUGUCAUUUUUAGCUGGAACUAAAAUUUUAGAAAUAUGUUCCUAUUGUAUCGCUCAGCUGCUUGUAACUCAAUCUUGUAUCCAGUCUGUAGUUCUUUAGGUCUCUUCUGUUUGCUCACAUUAUCUUCAGUUUUUUCCAUUAUUCCAAUUCUAUCUAUGAUUCUUUGGUACUCUUUCAUGGUGAUUAUGUUGUAUGUUGGUCCCACGUUGUCCUUCAACCGAGCAUUGGUUUGUUCACUUCUUCCUAUGCUUUGAAGAAAUGGAUAGAAGUAGUCUUUGAAGUAUACUGGUCUUCAAAUUCUUCUUCUGUUACUGAGUUGUUGACUAUGUCUUCAAAUCUCUCUGUUCGUGUUGUAUGAGUAACUAUCACUUCAAAUCCAGCUAUGAAGCCAUAAAAGCUGAAGAAAUGAUGUGCAUCUUCUCUGGUUUCAAUACCAUACCAAUUUGGGGUGUGUACUUGAUAUUAGUAUCUGCAUUGUUUCCAUCUGCAGCUGCUUCCUGUUCUUUCCUGAUGAACUCUUCAACUUCUUCUUCUGUAGAUGUUCCACAUAUUGCAGAUGUAUUGUUGCCAGCACUCAUUGAUGUGGAAUCAACCUCAUAAUUUAGUUUCUCUAAGCCACUGUUGGUCCCAGUCUUGCUGCAUAAGUUCAAUUAAUCAGAUCUGUGCGACUUGGAAGUCUCCUUCGGCAGGUGCGUCCUUUUUCCCCUUUGCUUAUUUCAGAUCCAAUCGGUGUUGAGAUCUUUUCUAUCGUAGUGUUGUCCUUUUUGCAGACACCCCCUUCUAUUUUUCUUUUCUUGUGUUAUAAGUUGGUCUUAGUUGGGCUGUUAUCUUGGGCUUUUUUUUCCUAUUUUUUUAUUUCUUCUUUUAUAUGGGCUUUUUAUUUGGGCCUACAAACGGGCUUUUUA